AUGAGGACCACCCUCUUGGUCUACGCCAUCUCUGCCAUGGGCGGGGCAUGGUCGCUGGAGCAGCCCAGGAGCAGCCUUGUCACGUGGCACCCGCGAAUGAUCGACCUUUUUGCGCAUUUGCCCCAGAUAUGGCAAGCUUCUUGGUGGAUGGCCCAUUACGGGUCUUGGAGCCCAAAGAGGCAUGUGGCUUGGUCAAGUUCUUGGGCCAUUGGCGACCUCAAUUUGGGCAAGCUGUCUUCGACUUUGCGCAAGAAGCUUUCUGGUGUUGCACAGAAGUCCGCGGUCGCCUACCGCAACAAGCAUGGGGUCAAGAGAUUUCAUGGGACUCGGUUCCUGCGAUCCACCGGGAACUACCCUCCCAGAUUUGGCUUGAAGAUCACACGCCUCCACGAGCGCUUCUGCAAGAACAGGGUGAGCCACCCACCUAUACCUCCUGCUCUUUUGAGCACGCCUUUGAAGCCUUGGUUCAUGGCGCUUCCCUGGGGCGAUUUGUGGGAUGACGCCAACGCUUACUCGGUGCUUACAUAUUUGCGGGGCAGCGCUUCGCUACUUUUGAGCGAUUGGCGUGAAGCCUUUCCCUCCAAGUUGUAG